GCAGGCAGACCACCAGAACCCCCUGCCCUGAGGGACCUUUCCUAACCACUCAUCAUCUAUCACCAGGUUCUCCUCGCCACAGCACAUCAAGACAAUGAACGAAUUUGACUUGCACAACUCCUCGUUAAAUUUCUUCAAUGGCACGCCCUGGUUCGUCUACGAGUGCACCCUCAACCUGGAUAAGGACUAUCAGCGGAUCGCCUUGUUCCUCCUCUACCUGCUGCUGUUCAUGGUGGGGCUGGCUGAAAACACCCUGGUGGUCUGGGUCAAUUGGCGCCGGCGCCACUCGGCCAACGGCGUCUUGUUCUGCGUUAUCAACGUGAGCUUGUCGGACCUGAUGGUGGUUCUGAUGUUGCCCUUCUACAUGCUGGAGGUGACCAUGGACAAGGUAUGGCUGUGGGGCCGCUUCCUGUGUAAAGUCACCCACCUCAUUUACGUGAUCAACUUCUAUAGCAGCUCCUUCUUCCUGGCCUUCAUGACCCUGGAGCGCUACCUGUCCCUGUCCAGGCCCUCGUCUCCCGCCUGCUUCCCCGUGGCCAGACGUCGCCGCUGGCUACUCUGCGGUGGUCUCUGGCUCCUCGCCCUGUUCCUGGCUCUGCUGGAGAACGUCCACAUGGACCUGCUGGAGUGGGACGAGCCGGGCUGCUACAUGCUGCCAGAGAACAACUACACCGAGUGGUUCGUCUCCGUCUCCUUCCUCUGCCUCAUCUUCCAGUUCCUUGGGCCGGCCUCCGUAAUCGUCACCUGUAACAUCUUGAUAGCCCGAGCGGUGCGCUCCGCUCCAGACGUGCAGGGAAAACGGGACGUCUGGCUGGUGCAUGUUUACUCCCUGGUGUUUGUCCUCUGCUGGCUGCCGUACCACAUGGUCUUGUUCCUGAUGAUGGUGGAUGAUCUGGACCCUCACGUGUUCAGCUGCAACACAGUGGAGGUGCUCUACAACUCCUACAGUGUGGUUGAGGGCCUGUCACUCUUCCACUGCAUCGCCAACCCUGUCCUUUACAACUUCCUCAGCAAGAGCUUCCGUUCCAACCUGAUCAACGCUGUGGUCCACUAUGCACCCAGGGAGGGCCCAGGAGGGUCGAAUCCCCAAGAAAAUGCACCCAACGCAGGAGGACCAGACACUAGGAAGAAACAACGCAAGCUUAGCAACAUGAGCACCAGUCACUCUGAUGUUGCUGGGAUGUAGAAAAAGGAAGCACCAGUGUCACAUUGAGACUUAACUAGCUAUCAUCACUGAAGGACAAUGGAGGAAAGGGGAAAAAAGCACUUGAGCUGUUACUGAAGCGUGUGCUGCCUUCACAGGCUAAAAGACAGGGCACAAGACAAGGUUUCUUAGUCUGACUCUCUUGGGUCCAGAUUGUUCACCCUUCUCCCAAAGUGUACACUUGCACACUUUCAUUUCAAAGUAUUUGAUUGGUGUAAGCAUUGGCUGAAGGGAGUUUCUUCCAUUAUAAAACAAAAGAGAACAUGACCAGCAGUGUGCAAGUACACAUUUAGGGAGAAUUGUGGAGAAUCAGGAUUCAGCCUUGGUCACUAAGAAAUAGUAAUGUAAAUGAUGGGCUCUCUGUCCCUCAUCUGUCUCCCGUUUUUCUCAUUCAGCACAUCAAUAAUGUUGUAAACAGAGGAAGGAAGGAAACGCUUUCAGAUUUUUUUUCUUUGAACUUCCACAGGAACUUGUGGCACCAAUAUCUAGGAACUUCUGGAGGACAGAAUUAGUCAUUACAUCGCAGGGUGAAGAGAAGCUUCCUCGCAAAUAAACAUUUUCCUCUGUGUAACGUAGAUAAGACUGAUACUUAUAACUAUUGAGUAUAAACAACUUGUAAAAUUGAAAUGCAACUGCUAAAUGUAAAACAUUUUGAUUACACAAACACAUAAACAAAUCUUAAUUUCCACAGUAACUGUUUUUUUUCUGCUGAAUUUGUAAAUGUGUUGAAAGCUGAAUAAAAGUAUUUCAAACAUAA